CGACUAUUAAGAAUCGAGUUGAUAUCUAUACUGUGUUUUCAUAUAUCAGAAAUCUCUUGUACAAUUUCUUUUGACAUGACACUCUGCCUUGAAGCAUAGCCUCUGGUCUGCAUGUAAUACCUGAGUUUACAUAAAUGUAUCAUGUGACAUAGUAGUAAAAACAAAAUGGCCACUUACCUGGUUUGUUUUGUUUUGCUAUUUUCGUUUGUUAAUUCAUUGAAAUACGAUCCAACAUGGGCAUCUUUAGAUGCAAGACCACUUCCAGGAUGGUAUGAUGAUGCUAAGCUUGGUAUAUUUAUUCACUGGGGUGUAUUUUCUGUACCAGCCUUUUCGUCUGAGUGGUUUUGGUGGCAAUGGAAAGGCCAACCAAUGCCGGCUGUUUUAGACUACAUGCAGAAAAACUACCGUCCAGAUUUUACAUAUGCAGAUUUUGCAGCUAUGUUCACAACAGAGUUUUUUGUUCCAGAAGAAUGGGCUGAAAUGUUUCAGGAUUCUGGUGCAAAAUAUAUUGUUUUGACAAGUAAACAUCAUGAAGGUUACACCAACUGGCCAUCUAAGUAUUCCUUUAACUGGAAUUCUAAUGCUACUGGUCCUAACAGAGAUCUUGUUGGUGAGUUAGCAGCUGCAGUUAGAGCUAAAACACAGAUGAAGUUUGGACUGUACCACUCACUGUUUGAAUGGUUUAAUCCAAGAUAUUUAGAUGACAAAGGUUCAGGAUUUAAGAAACAAGACUUUGUCAAGACUAAGACUAUGCCUGAAUUAUAUGAACUUGUGAAUGCUUACAAACCUGAAGUUAUUUGGUCUGAUGGAGACUGGGAGGCCAAUGAUACAUACUGGAAUUCAACCAACUUCCUGGCUUGGCUUUAUAAUGAAAGUCCUGUGAAAGAUACAGUAGUGACCAAUGAUAGAUGGGGAUCUGGGUGUUCCUGUAAACAUGGAGGAUUUUAUACAUGUUCUGAUAGAUAUAAUCCAGGCAAGGUGCAGAAACACAAAUGGGAGAAUGCAAUGACAAUAGACAAAUUUUCCUGGGGAUACAGAAGAAAUGCUAGGCUUGAAGACUACCUUACAAUAGAGGAUCUUCUUAAACAGUUUAUUUCUACCGUCAGCUGUGGAGGCAAUAUGUUGAUGAAUGUUGGGCCUACAAAAUAUGGGAAGAUUAGUCCUAUUUAUGAAGAGAGACUCCGUCAGAUGGGACAGUGGCUACGUGUAAAUGGAGAUGGGAUCUACGGAACUAGACCCUGGGUUCACCAGAACGACACUAUAGUUAAAAAUGUGUGGUAUACAAUGAAGAAGGGAGCUACAGAAACUGAUGUUUAUUCUAUACUGCUUGAAUGGCCAGACAAUAACUUGGUCAAACUUGGAGCAUCUAUAACAUCAAAGGACACAACUGUCACCAUGUUGGGAUAUACUGAUAAAGUGACAUGGACUGCUGGUCCUGGUGGGAAGGGAAUCUAUAUACAGAUACCACCCCUGUCUGUGGAAACAAUGCCAUGUGAAUGGGCGUGGACAUUUAAAAUGACAGGUUUACAGAACUAAUCAGAAUUGUGCUCCUUUUUUCAAGCAAUAUUGGUAAACUCCAAAAUAGCCAGAGACCUGUAAAAUGUAAAAGACAAUUUUUUGUUGGAAUUCCUAUCUGGGUAGUGAAAAAUAAGAUACAUGAGGGUUUUUUUUUCAAAUCUUGUAUGAUGAAACAAAUGUUUUCAAACGUGUAGAAAGAUAAUUCAUUUAUUGUCUGCAAUAUGAUAUAAACAUUAUUGUAUGGAUAUAAGCAUUCUUCCUUGUAUAUACUUCUGCUUUUAAGUCUAUUGCAUACUUAAAAUUUAAACAAGGGUUUUAAACCAUGUCUAAAAUUUAUCAUUUUAAGUUAAUGAAAACAUGUGUGAUAGAUAUGUCAUUAGAUAUAAUUCAUUUUUAUACCCCCACUUUAAAAAAGGGGGGGUAUACUGUUUUACCUCUGUCUGUCAGUCCGUCCGUCAGUCCGUCAGUCAGUCCGUCCCAUGAAACUUUCAUCACAUUUUUCUCAGGAACUACAAUACAUGGAUUUCUGAAAUUUGGUUUCAGGGUUUAUCUAAGACAGUUAUACCGUGUGAUGUGUUUUCAGAUUGAUCACUUGACAACUUCCUGUUUACCGAACACUGGUAUGAUUUUACACAUGAUAGCCAAGUUGAAAAUUUUUGUCACAAUUUUUCUCAGGAACUGCAAUACAAGGAUUUCUGAAAUUUGAUUUCAGGGUUUAUCUAAGUCAGCUUUACGGUGUGAUGCGUUUUCAGAUUGAUUACUUGACAACUUCCUGUUUACCAAACACUUGUAUGAUUUUACACAUGAUAGCCAAGUUGAAAAUUUCCGUCACAUUUUUCUCAGGAACUACAACACAAGGAUUUCUGUAAUUUGGUUUCAGGUUUAAUCUAAGUCAGCUAUACAGUGUGAUGCGUUUUCAGAUUGAUCACUUGACAACUUCCUGUUUACCGAACACUUGUAUGAUUUUACACAUGAUAGCCAAGUUGAAAAUUUUCGUCACAUUUUUCUCAGGAACUACAAUACAAGGAUUUCUGAAAUUUGGUUUCAGGAUUUAUAUAAGUCAGUUAUACCGUGUGAUGCGUCUUGCAUAUUUUUACACUAUUAAUAUUAUCCACUUGUGGCGGGGGUAUCAUCAGUGAGCAGUAGCUCGCAGUUUCACUUGUUUAGUUAUUUUUUUGUAUAUCUUAAUGGAAUUGUGCUGUGUACAAAUAUUAUCAAAAAUGUGUGAUAUGUCAUUUAAUAUUAUAAAGUGUCUUUUUAUGUGAUUACAUAUCGUGGGAAUAUUUGUUACUUGGUCAGAAAAAAAAACUGACACUAGACUCUAUGAAUGAAUAGUGUGUAAAAUUUCGUUUUAUAUUAUUUAUGCUCAUAAUAAUGUGGCUACCCAUUUGUAUUGAAAAGUGCAAUAUACAAUCUUUAUGAAUAUAAGAUAUUUAGUGCUUUGAAUUUUCCUACAUAAUUAAUGCAGAAGAAAUAUAUGAAAACAAAAGAUAUAAAAAUUCUUAUAGUUCUGUGUGAAUAUAAGAAUAUAAUGACUCUUAAAGAUCAUCUGCCCAAAAUCUUAAUAUUUCUUGAUCUUUGGCAUUGAUAUUAUUUGUUGUACAGCCUUAAAGGGUUUUAAGACUGAGAAAGAGGUAAAUUAAAUAACUAGAACUAUUGUUUGUAGAUGCAGCAGGAUUUUUUUCUGAUAGAUUUUUGAUAUUUUAUAUCACUAUUAAAAAUGUUAAAAUUAAACUCUCAACAAAUUAUGUCCAAAAUAUGUUGGUUGAAAUAAAUAAGAGGUGUAUCUGAAAAAAAAUGCAUAAAUAGUUGUGAGGGAUCUGAUUCAGCUUGGUAGCUUUUGUUUUUAUAAAUUGUUUAAUUCCAUUCAUCUUGUUAACUUUUGAUGUUACAAAUGAUAAAAAUGUAAGUAAUUUAGCACAGUUAACCCUACUGUGGUAAAAUGUAACAAGUAGCAAAUAAAAAGAGUAUUAUUAUUUUGCUAAUCAAUGAAAACCAUUGAAAUUCUGAACCAUUUGAGUCUGCAUCACACUGUGGAUUCAUUUAUUUUUGUGGGUACUAAUUUUCGUGGAUUGUGAAAAACUCACAUAUUAGAGGAUAUUUAAAUUCGUUGUGUUGGAAAAGAUUGCAUGCAUUUCUUUGGAAAAUUUGUAUUUCGUUGAACAUUUAAAUUUGUGGUUCCCCUGUUCCCACCAAAUCAAGGAAAAUUGGUAUCCAACGAAUAUUAAUGAAUCCACAGUAGGUGCAAAAAGGACUUGACCAUGGAGAUGUUCGUUAUAAAAAAAAACAAUCAAUGAGAAACUCAAAUCAAUACGUAUACAUGGAUAAGGAACCAAUCUUGUGUGAAUGUAUGUGCAUACUUAUACAUUCCUAUGACAUUUCUGUCAUUAUUUUUUUUUUAUAUAUAUUACUUUUACAUUUUUGUAUUUGAUUGAAAUCCUUAUUUUAUUAAAAUAAAUGUUAACAA